AUGAAGAUUCUGUAUUGGAACAUUCGGGGUGUUAGGAAGGCAGCAGGGUUGUGCGCUUUACGUCUACUGGUGAAGGAGCAUGCCCCGGAUGUGUUAUGCUUGGCUGAACCCAUGGUUCAGGUAUGUAAAUUUCCUGUUAUUUUCUUUAGUCGGUUGGGGUAUGCGGUGGAUUUCAUUCAUAAUUUUCGGGAUGACAAAGUCCCAAAUUUAUGGAUUAUAUGGAAGUUGGGGGUUUCGAGACCAGUUGUUGCAGAUUUGGAGUUGUCGAUAUCAGCUUUGGUUCCGUGGUCUGUGAUGGGGGAUUUCAAUGCAACCCUGUUCUCGCAUGAGAAAAGAGGUCCUGGUAAGUUUAAUCUUGGAUCAGCUGCUGAAUUCCAGGCAAUGGUUGAUGCGUGUGAAUUGCUUUCUAUCCCUUCUCAGGGAAAGAAAUUCACUUGGACUAAUAAUCGUCGAAGGGGUCAUGCAGUUGCAGUGUUGGAUCGGAGUUUUUGUAAUGGGAAGUGGAUAGAUGUGUUUAGAAAUGUGAAGCAGCGUGUUUUGUUGUCUUCGGUAUCAGAUCAUGCCCCUUUAAUUGUUGUCUCUGAUGAUGUUCAAAGACCUACAAAUAUCCCCUUUAGAUUCCAUAGCUUUUGGAUGGAAAAUGAUCAAUUUAUCUCUGUGGUUGAGGAAGCUUGGAAAACUUUGAUAGGGGGUAAUCCAAUUUUCGUUCUGGCACAAAAAUUAAAGCAGGUCAAGGAGAAUUUAAAGGUUUGGGCGAGGGCCAAUUUUCCUAACCUGAAUGAUGAGGUCGAUAAAGCAAAGCUGGAAUUAAAGAAGGUUCAAGAUAUGAUAGAGGUGGCUGGGAUGAAUGAUGAAUUAUUUAACAGAGAGGCAGAUGCAAAAACAGUAUUAUUGAAGGCCAACCAAAUGUACGAGAAGUUGUGGGCUGAAAAAGCUAAACUGAGAUGGAUGAAAAAUGGAGAUUGUAACUCGAAGAUUUUUCAUCUCUCCGUGAAGCUAAGGAGGUUGAAAAAUCAGAUCACCUCCCUAAAAAAGGAAGAUGGAACUUGGGUUUCAGACCAACAGGGAAUAUCGUUUUAUGUCUCUGAUUUUUUUGAGAAAUUUCAUGAGGCUGAUGAAAUCACGGUUCAUAAUGACCUUCUUGAAAAUAUUCCCAGAGUGUUGGAGGAGGAGGACGUGGCAGGAUUGGAGAUUGUCCCGAGUGGGGACGAAAUUAAACAAGCUGUUUGGGAUUUAGAUCCUGUAAGCUCUCCAGGUCCUGAUGGGUUCCCAGGUAGUUUCUUCAGGCGAUGUUGGACUAUUGUUGAGGGUGAUUUUUGCAGGGCAGUGAAAAAAUUCUUUGAGGAAGGGCGGCUUCCUAAAGGAAUAAAUAACUGCUUUAUUUCCUUGAUCCCCAAAGUUGAGGGGGCGGCCUCUCUAGAUAGGUUUCGACCUAUAUGUAUGGGGAAUUUUUACUGCAAAGUGAUAUCAAAAAUUCUAUCUUCAAGAUUACUUGUUGUUUUGCCUAAAUUGAUUUCGGAAGAGCAAGGCGCUUUCCAGCAGGGUAAAAUAAUUUCAGCAAAUAUCAGCCUCGCCUCAGAACUGUCAAAUUUGAUGCAUUCUUCAGUUAGGGGUGGUGGAAUGGGACUGAAGCUCGAUGUUCAAAAGGCAGUAUCAAUUUUGGUGAAUGGUGGCCCGGUGGGGUUCUUUGGGGUUGGUAGAGGUCUCCGACAAGGAGAUCCUUUGUCUCCCUUUUUAUUUAUUCUGGCAGAAGAGGUUCUCUGUAGAGGUCUUAGAAGCAUGGUUCAGAAUGGUUUGAUAAAGUCUCUUCCUGGGCCUCGAGGUGUGUUAACUCCCUCCCAUUUAUUGUUUGCUGAUGACAUUUUCAUUUUCAUUAAUGCAUCUGCUCAGUUUGUCAAAAAUCUUAAGGCUUUUCUUGAUAAAUAUCAGAUUGAUGGUUCGCUGAAAACUACCUACCUUUCCUCUUCGAUAUGGCCUGGUCUUAAAAAGGUGUGGCGGUGGGUACAGUCUCAUGAGCAAUGGACUGUUGGGAAUGGUCAGAGGAUAAAUUUUUGGAAAGAUAGCUGGCUGGGAAAGAAGUCUAUUGAGGAGAUGUAUGGUUCGCAGUUAGAUAUCUUUGAUUCGAUGCAGGCAAAGGUUUCUGAUUUCAUUUGCCAAGAUGAAUGGAAUUUUCCCCAG